CACACGUGAAGACCGAAGACACUCGAGGCACGAGCUUAGGUUCCGAUUGCUCACUUCGUAGGCGUUUUUCAUUGAAUUCUUGGAGUGUUCUUCACAAACUCUUGUCCUGACGCAAAGAAGAGGUCCCAUGAGUAUUCAAGACAGGGUUUAUUAAGUUGAUUAUGAGUUCUAGUAAACGCCAGGGUCGCGAGAAGAAAGAAACCACUUCGCUCUUCGGGGAACCUGAUUUGGAUGAAACACUUUUGUCCUCAACUGUAAGGCAGUGAUGGAAGGUGGUACUUUAACCCCAUCUACAAACCGACCACAGAGGAAGAACUAUCAUGGCUACCAACCCCAGGGACAGCACUGGAUGACUCCAGAGAUAUCUGCUCAAUUGCAGGUUUGUAACCAGCUACGCAAAGCAUCAGAAGCAACUAAUAGACCCGAAGAUCAUGAGGCAUAUCAAGCACAAUGCAGAAGAGUGCACAGUAUGAUGGAGGAAAGCAAGGCCAGUCUUGGUUUAGGCCACCUACCUGCACUUCCUUCUCAGUAUGGUUAUGGAUGGCAGAAUGAACAUGGGUACAAUGGCUAUCAGCCCGCAGGCCCAAUGGGAAAUUCUAACUUCCAGCAAGGUUCUGGGAAAUAUUUUCAGGGAAAUAACAGGAAACCCAUCACUUGUGGACCUUGCAAUCGAACAUUUUUCAAUAAGCAGAAACUUGAAGAACACCUUAAAGAGCAUGUUGAAUGCCCAUUUCCUGAGUGCAAAUUAAGUGCACAUAUCAAGGUCAUUGACCAACACAUAAAUAACCAACAUAUGCUUGUUAAUUUUGCUUCCUUACAAAUUGAUGAUGAAACAUGGAUUGCAGAGAGAAAGAAACGUUUUCCAAGUAUUCAGAGAGCAGAAUUACGAAGAGCAGAACAAAUAGAAAAGCUGAAGAGGGGAGAGAAGUUGGGUGUAAGUAAAAAACCUUUUAAAAGUAAAAUCAAAAGUAUUACCAGCAAGAAGGAAAAUGAUGCAGCAGGUGCCGGCAAUGCAACUACAGGUGUCAAACGAGAGCAGCCGCAGAAUGAGAGUGGCAAAGAUGAAGGCAAACGCAAAGGGAAAUUCAGGAGGAAAAGACAAGAACAGGAAACCUUCAACAAGCCAUCUCAGCCAGUCAUGAAAGUAGACCUUUUAGAUUCUGAUGAUGAAACAAGGGAUGGUUUGCAUGCAUUUAAGGGAACCAAAUGCUUUUAUGAAGAAUUAGGAGAAGUCAGUUACUUUGGAAACAAGAGCAUAAAUGUUGAUAAAGAGGACACAGCAGAGCAAGAGGAGAAUAUUGUAAUAAGUGAUGAUGAGGACUGGCAGGAUGAAGAUAAUAAAGAGGCAGAUAAUAAAGGAUCACUUGUUUUAGGAGGUGCUCUAGGAUCUUUAAUGGGUGCAUACUCCGACUCAGAGGAUGAAAGUGCUGAUGAAGCAGUUUCUAGUCAAGGAAAGGAUGACCCACAGUCUGUGCCAAAGAAAAUUGAUGAAGGUUCCUCUUCAAAGGUUAAAGCAGAUGCCUCUGUUGAAGAUACAAAGAGCCAAGAUAAGUCUGUUGAUAUAGCAGGGACCCAAGAUAUGUUAGUUGAGGUUGCAAAACCAGAUUCUUCUGCCAAUGCUGAAGUGAAGCAAGAUACAGAACAAAGUAAAGAAUCUUCAAGCAGAACAAGAAACAGACGGACGCAACGCAAAAAAGCUUCAAAAGGACCCCCCAAAGCUCGCAAAAUGCCAAGAAGACGUAAGACUCUCCUGGAGAAACUUCUGCAAGCAGAUAUUAUACAUGAGAGGAAUGUAAUUCUACAGUGUGUGCGAUUUGUUUUGGAGAAUAACUUUUUUGAUGGUAAAAAUAAUGUUGGUGAUAAGAAAAUAAAUGACAGUAGUAAAGCAGAAAAGGAGACUGAAGAUUGCACUGUAAACAAACAUAAAAAAUCAGACACAGUACAGCCACCAAAAGAAGACAAUAGUUCACAAAUCGGUAACAUAUCAGCGACUACUGAUAAAAUCAACCAGGAAGAGAAACAUGUAACGUGUAAAGACUUAGGACAUCAAAUAAGUAGUGAAAAUAGCAAAACUGUUAAAGACACAAAGAAUGAAUGUGAUAGUAAUAAGAAAGCAGCAAGAAGGUUGAAAAAGCAACUAUUAGAAGAUGAUGCAGCUCUUACUAACGGUGCCUCCAAAAGGAGAAAAAGUGAUACUGAAGAACUUAAUGAGGACACCAAUGAGAAGAAAGAAAGUGCAGCCAUUGAAACAAAUAGUAAAAGUGAUUUACAGAAGGAAGACAAUCUUGAGUCAAUGGCAUGUGAGGAGGUACAAGAAAAGGUAACUGACAAGGAACAAGAGAGCUUAAAAGUUAAAAGAAUGAAGUUUAGUGAAGAGGAAAAGUCAGUGGAUGUGAUUAGUAAGGAUAGUAUAAGUAAUGGACAGAAAGAUGGCAAGAAGAAAGAAAGUGCAGCCAUUGAAACAAAUAGUAAAAGUGAUUUACAGAAGGAAGACAAUCUUGAGUCAAUGGCAUGUGAGGAGGUACAAGAAAAGGUAACUGACAAGGAACAAGAGAGCUUAAAAGUUAAAAGAAUGAAGUUUAGUGAAGAGGAAAAGUCAGUGGAUGUGAUUAGUAAGGAUAGUAUAAGUAAUGGACAGAAAGAUGGCAAGAAGAAAGAAAGUGCAGCCAUUGAAACAAAUAGUAAAAGUGAUUUACAGAAGGAAGACAAUCUUGAGUCAAUGGCAUGUGAGGAGGUACAAGAAAAGGUAACUGACAAGGAACAAGAGAGCUUAAAAGUUAAAAGAAUGAAGUUUAGUGAAGAGGAAAAGUCAGUGGAUGUGAUUAGUAAGGAUAGAGUAAGUAAUGGACAGAAAGAUGGCAAGAAGAAAGAAAGUGCAGCCAUAUUGAAACAAAUAGUAAAAGUGAUUUACAGAAGGAAGACAAUCUUGAGUCAAUGGCAUGUGAGGAGGUACAAGAAAAGGUAA